AUCAUUCUCAAGCCAUCCAUUUCCCUCGAGCUCUGGAGAUCGACCUACCAUCCAGUGCUGACACACUAUCGCAAAUUAAACUGUCCCAGCCGAGCCGUUGCAAUGGCCAUCUGCAGCGCCGCCGCCACCGCUCCGGCGACGCAGUCGGCGGCGGAGCAGGACUGUCGCCGGCAGUACGCCCCCAGCGUGUGGGGCGACUUCUUCAUCUCCUACGAGCCGUGCACGACGGAGGAGCUCCUGUCCAUGCAGGAGAAGGCGCGCGCCUUGAAGGAGGAGGUGAGGCGGAUCGUGCUCGCCGCCUCCAACGACGACGACCUGGUGCGGAAGCUGGAGCUCGUCGACGCUCUGCAGCGGCUCGGAGUGGAUUACCACUUCAAGAAGGAGAUCGAUGACUUGCUGCUUGCUGUUUACGGCGACGAGGAUGGAGGAUCUAACGACCUCUACGUCGCCUCCCUGAGGUUCUAUCUGCUCAGGAAGCAUGGGUACACCGUCAGUUCCGAUGUGUUUCUCAAGUUCAGAGAUGAGCAAGGACACAUUUCGAGCGACGAUGUCGGCACCUUGACGACGCUGUACGAUGCCGCGCAUAUGAGGGUGCAUGGGGAGGACAUACUCGACAACAUCAUCGCCUUCAAUAAGAGCCGUCUCCAGUCUCUGCUGAUGAAAGCAAAUUUGGAUCCAGCUCUACUAGAGGAGGUAAGGGUGACAUUGGAGACAACUCGAUUCAGGAGGGUCGAGAGAGUGGAAGCGAGGCGCUUCAUCUCGGUGUACGAGAAGAAGGCGAUGCGAGAUGAUACCAUACUGGAGUUUGCAAAGCUCGACUACAACAUCGUCCAAGUUGUCUACGGCAACGAGUUGAAAGAACUUACGAUAUGGUGGAAGGAUCUCCGAUCACGGGUAGAUCUGACCUUUUCAAGGGAUAGAUUGGUGGAGAUGCAUUUUUGCAUGAUGGGGAUUGUUUAUGAGCCUUAUUACUCAUAUGCACGGAUAAUGCUUACAAAGCAGGUCCUGUUUCUGGUGUUGUUGGAUGACAUCUAUGACAACUAUAGCAGCACAGAGGAGAGCAACAUGUUUACCUCGGCCCUAGAGAGGUGGGAUGAAAAGGCAGCGGAACAAAUCCCAGAAUACCUGAGGCCCUUCUUCACAAAUGUGAUUCGCUGUACCGAUAAGGUCAUAGGGGAGUUAAAACUUCAGAAUAACAAGCAUGCCGAGGUGGUAAAAGAAAUGGCACUUCACGUUACCAAAUCCUACCACGCUGAGGUCACAUGGCGUGAUGAACACUACGUGCCUGCCGAUGUUGACGAGCAUCUGCAGAUCUCGUUGGGAAGCGUUACAGCUAUGCAAGUCGUCGUCCUGACCUUCGUUUCUCUUGGAGAUGUGACUAGUAGGGAGGCGAUUGACUGGGCUUUGACCUAUCCGAAAAUCGUCAGGGGUGUCACUGUCAUCGCACGUAUCAUGAACGACAUUAUGUCACAUGAGCGAGAACAAGCUUCGGACCAUAUGACAUCCACGGUGCAAACUUGCAUGAAGCAGUACGGGGUCACAGUUGAGGAAGCUAUUGAAAAGCUCAAGGUAAGAUUGGAGAGAGCGUGGAUGGACAUGGUCCAAGGGUGCCUUGACCAGAAAUAUCCCAUGGUGCUUUUGGAAAAGGUCACGAGCUGAGGUGUUCUAGCUGCCAAGAGAUGAGCUUGCGGACCUGCCCGGCCGUGGCCGGGGACGCGAUGGCGGAGGAGCUGCUCGAGCGGGCUGGUGCCCCCGGCGCUGGCCGCGGCGCGCGCGGCGGCUGGUGGAAGGCCAUCGCAGUAAGGCUGCGACAUUUUUGUAAGCGGGAGCGGGCUAUUUUUUUUCCAAUAGGCUGACAAAAAUGUAGCAAAAAAAGAUUUAGCGCUAGGGUUCAAAUCCAGACCUUGGGGAUAGGACAUGCGCGUCCUAACUAGCUGAAUCGCAGUGUGAUUGUUGCAUGCUCCUUGGAAUAAUUAUACUUGUUUCAUUCCAAACA